GGCAACUUUUGGCUGUUUGUUCUGGAUUUGUACUUUGGAUAUUUUCCCCAUCUCCUGGUGGAUUUACCUGUGGGUUAAUAACCCCCCCACCUUGUAACUUUUAACACCCGGUGCCCUGUGAUCCAUGGCGGAGGGUGUGCGUCCCGAGGACUACUGCAACGAGCCGGUGGAGGACGAGUUUGGAGAGAUCAUCAAGUGUCGAUCAGAUGAGAGAGAAGUCGUUCAGAAGAAGACUUUCACAAAAUGGGUAAACUCACAGCUGUCUAAGACAGGGAAACCCCCUGUGGAGAAUCUGUUCUCAGACCUGUGUGAUGGAAGACGCCUGCUGGAGCUGCUGGAGGGGCUGUCAGGACAUGAGCUGGUGAGGUUGGAGAGAGGAUUCUCGCGCGUUCACUCGCUCAACAAUGUCAACCGUGCUCUGCAGAUCUUGCAGAAGAACAAUGUUGAAUUGGUGAAUAUCGGAGCGGCAGACAUCGUUGAUGGGAAUCACAAACUGAUUCUCGGGCUCAUCUGGAGCAUCAUUGUCCACUGGCAGGUAAAGGAUGUGAUGAAGGAUGUGAUGGCGGGCCUACAGCAGACCAACAGUGAGAAGAUUCUGCUGAGUUGGGUUCGUCAGAACACGCGCCAGUACCCUCAGGUCAAUGUGGUUAACUUCUCCAGCAGCUGGAAUGAUGGCUUGGCCUUCAAUGCCCUCAUCCACAGCCACAGACCCGAGCUUUUUGAUUGGGCCUCAGUGGAGAAGAAGACGUCUGCGAUCGACAGACUGGAACACGCCUUUAAUAAGGCAGAACAACACAUGGGGAUAGACAGACUGCUGGACCCUGAGGAUGUGGCCGUGCCUCACCCGGACAAGAAGAGUGUCCUCAUGUACGUGACGUCGCUCUUCCAGGUGCUCCCCCAAAUCAUUUCCAUGGAAUCCAUUAAGGAGGUGGAGACGUUGCCGCGGGCGACCGCAUCCGGCGCUGCCCGGAUGACGACGGAGGAGCACUACCAGAUCCAGACCCAGCAGCGCUUCUCCCAGCAGAUCACAGUGAGUGUGGCUCAGGGCCGAGUGCAGAGCCCCUCCUCUCAGCCUCGCUAUAAAAGCUAUGCCUACACCCAGGCUGCAUAUGUCAAGUCGCCCGAGCAAAAGAGGAGGCGUUGUACUGAUCAGUUCCUGAGUCCGGGUCAGGAGGAGCUGCAGCGGGGCCUCAGUCCUCUGCCUCCAGGCUCCACCAGCCUGGAGAGCUACCAGGCCGCACUGGAGGAGGUGUUGACCUGGCUGCUGUCGGCUGAAGACGGGCUCCAGGGCCAGCCUCCCAUCUCAGACAAUGUGGAGGAGGUGAAGGAGCAGUUCCACACGCACGAGGGCUACAUGGUGGAGCUGACCACCCAUCAAGGCAGCGUGGGGCGGGUCCUCCGGGCCGGCGCCGCCCUGCUGGGGGAGAGGAACCUGAGUGAAGACGAGGACUCGGAAGUCAGGGAGCAGAUGAACCUCCUGAACGCCCGGUGGGAACACCUGAGAGUGGCAAGCAUGGAGAGACAGACCAGACUCCACGAGGUGCUGAUGGGCCUGCAGCACCAGCAGCUGCAGCAGCUCACCGACUGGCUGGAUGUGACGGAGGCGCGGAUUAAAAGGAUGGGGGCCCAACCGAUGGGUCCUGACCUGGAGGACGUCAAGCACCAAGUGGAAGAGCACAAGCUGCUGCAGGAGGACCUGGAGCUGGAGCAGGUGAGGGUGAACUCUCUGACCCACAUGGUGGUGGUGGUGGACGAGACCAGCGGAGACAGCGCCACGGCGGCUUUGGAGAGCAAACUCCAGGUGCUAGGUGACCGCUGGGCCUCCAUUUGCAGAUGGACAGAAGAACGCUGGAUCCUGCUUCAGGAGAUUCUACUGAAAUGGCAACACUUCACUAAUGAACAGUCUUUGUUUGACUCCUGGCUGACUCAGAAGGAGGAGCAUGUUCGCUCUAUCAAGACCACCAACCUGAAGGACCAGGCGGAGAUGACUGCCUGCAUCCGCCGCCUCGCUACGGUGAAGGCCGAACUGGAGGUGAAGCGUCCCACCAUGGACAAGCUGUGCUCCAUGAGUCAGGAUCUGCUGUCCAGCGUCAAGAACAAAGAGGUGGCCAGCAAACUGGAGGCCCGACUGGACAGCUUCGCCCAGCGCUGGGACCGCCUGAUCCAGAGUCUGGAGAUGAGCAGCUCCCAGCUGUCAACUGUUGUCAGCGUGGUCCAGCAGUCGGAGCUGACCCACUCUGUCGCCACGACCGUUACCAAGGUGACAACAAGGGAGAAGAUGUCAGCUGUGCGCCAGACCCGUGAUUCACCGCCACCACAGAAGAAGAGACAAGUUGUGGUGGAUUCUGAACUUAGGAAAAGGUUUGACGUGGACUUCACAGAGUUGCACAGCUACAUGACCCGAGGAGAGGCCAUCCUGCAGAGCCCCGAGUGCUCCGUGUCACGCAAAGACGGCAGCAUCCAGGAGCUGUACGACAAAGUGCUGGCGAUAGAGCGAGAGCGGCCGGAGAAGUUCCGGAAGCUUCAGGAAGCCACGCGCACGGCGCAGACCCUGGUCGAGCAGGAGGGAAUGCGUGCUGAUGACAUUGCCCAGGCAGCGGAGCAGCUGAACCAGCGCUGGGUGGGGUUCUGUGCCCUGUUGGCAGACAAGCUGGCAUGGCUGGCUUACCAGACAAAGGUGCUGGCCUUCUACAGCCUGUUCGAGCAGUGUGAGCAAGCGGUGGACACCAGUGAGAGCUGGCUCAAAGUGCAGGCGCCCCCAGCCUCUGAACCAGAACCUCUCAAAGUACAGCUGGACCGGUGCAGGGAGGAGGUGGCUCGCCUGGCCUCGCUGCAGCCUCAGGUGGAUCUUCUGGAGAAGCACCUGAAGGAGCUGAAGGAGGAGAAGGAAGGGGACGAGGACCCUUCAGCUUUCCUUGACGCUGACAUCAGUGCCUUCAAAGAGCACUACUGGCAGGUGCUGGAUGACCUGAGGGCCAGAGAGAGACAGCUGCAGCUGGUUUUGGAGAGCUUGCCCCCGGCUCGUUACAAGGAAACUAUAGCCACACUGUUGGCAUGGCUACAACAGUGCGAGGUCAAGCUGUCCAUCCCAUCCACGGCGGUUACAGAGUAUCCUGUGAUGGAACAGAGACUUACGGACGUUCAGGCCCUGCAGGUGGCUCUGGCUGAACACCAGGGGGAGGUGGACUACCUGACCUCCACUGUGGAGGAGGUGUUCCAGAAAGCACCAGCAGACAUCAGCCAAAAGUAUCGCAUCGAGAUGGACGGCAUCAUGGCGCGGUGGAAACGACUCGGCACGACGCUGACAGACAACGCCCAGAAACUCCAGGAACUCAUGGCCAAACUGUUGCAGUUUGAGAAUGACGUUAAGACUCUUAAGAAGUGGAUGGCAGAUGUGGACGUGUUCCUGAACGAGGAAUGGCCAGCACUGGGAGACUCUGAAGCUCUGGAGAAACAGCUGGAGCAGUGCACGGCUUUGGUGAAUGACAUCCACACCAUCCAACCCAGCGUCAACGGCAUCAAUGAAGUGGGUCUGUACCUAAAGAAAGAGGCCGAGCCACCCUACGCCGUCCACAUCCAGAAGGAACUAGACGACCUCAACGCCCAGUGGGAGAACGUCUGCAAACAGGCCUACGCCAAGAAGUCGGCCCUGAAAGGAGGCCUCGACAAGACCAUGGCUCUGAGGAAGGAGAUGCAGGAGAUGCAGGAGUGGAUCAACCAGGCGGAGGAGGACUACCUGGAGAGAGACUUCACGUACAAGACUCCUGAAGAGCUGCGCAAGGCUGUGGAGGAGCUCAAGAGGGCCCAGGAAGAGGUCCACUCCAAGGAGCUGAAGGUCAAACUCCUGACUGACAGUGUCAACAGUUUCAUCGCCAAGGCUCCCCCCACGGCCCAUGAUGCCUUGCGGUCUGAAUUGGACGUUUUGACGGCUAACUACCAGCGCCUGUGCAGCCGGCUGGAUGGGAAAUGUAAAACGCUGGAGGAGGUGUGGGCGUGCUGGUGUGAGCUGCUCUCCUACCUGGAGCAGGAGAACGCCUUCCUGGACCAGCUGGAGCAGAAGCUGGACGAGACGGAGAACCUGGAGGGAGGAGCGGAGGAGCUGCAGGAGGCGCUGGAUAGUCUGGAUGUUCUUCUGCAACACCCGGAUGACAACAGGAACCAGAUUCGGGAGCUGGCCCAGACGCUAAUGGACGGAGGAGUUCUGGAUGAACUAAUACAGCAGAAACUGGACGCCUUCAACACACGAUGGGAUGAGCUCAUGGCGAGGGCGGGGCUCAGGAAGCAGGAGCUGGAGAAGAGUGUGCAGUGGGCCCAGGAGAAUGACAAGAGUCUGAGGCAGAUCCAGGAUUCGCUUGCCAACACCGACCGACACCUUACUGCGUACCUGGCUGACCACAUCGACGCCCAGCAGAUACCGCAGGAGGCUCAGAAAAUCCAGGCGGAGCUGAGCGGCCAUGAGGCGACCCUGGAGGACAUGAAGAAGAAGAACCAGGACAAAGACCCGAGGGUUAUGGGACAGAUAGACCUCACGCAGAAAAUGCUGGCAGACGUGUGGACGAAGUUCCGGCUCUUCCAGAAGCCGGCCAACUUCGACACUCGUCUGACCGAGUGCGAGCGCUUGCUGGCUGGGGUCAAAAGCCAGGGGGGUGUGCUGGACAUCCGCAGUGUGGAGCAGGACGUGGUGCAGUCACAGCUGGACCAGUGCAUGAAGUUGUAUAAGGUGCUGAGUGAAGUGAAAGGGGAGGUGGAGACGGUGAUAAAAACCGGCAGGCAGAUCGUGCAGAAGCAGCAGACGGAGCAGCCCAAAGAUAUGGACGACAGGGUGACCGCCCUGAAGCUGCUCUACAACCAGCUGGGCUCUCAGGUGACGGAGAGUAAGCUGGAGCUGGAGAAGAGUCUGAAGUUGUCCAGGAAGCUGCGUAAGGAGCUCAACGGGCUGACGGAGUGGCUCGCUGCCACCGAUGCUGAGCUGACCAAGCGCUCCGCUGUGGACGGCAUGCCCAGCGACCUGGAGGCGGAGGUGGAAUGGGCACAGUCGAUCCACGAGGAGACGGAGAGGCGCCAGCCGCAGCUGCAGGCCGUGGUGGACCUGGCGGAGGCCCUGAAGGCGGUGCUGCGGGGCCAAGGGGGCCUGGUGGACGACAAAGUCAGCCUGCUGCGCUGCAACUGGAUCGCUGUCACAUCCAGAGCAGAGGAGUGGCUCAACCUGCUGCUGGACUACCAGAGGCAGAUGCAGAAGUUAGAUGGAGAGAUAGAGGAAGUGAACGGAUGGAUCGACGGAGCGGAGAAGAAGAUGGAUGAGAUAGACAGCCAGGGACCCAACGACGCUGUGCUCAAGGUGUUGCGUGCGGAGCUGGAUCUGACGAAGGGAAAGAUGGAGGGGGUGAGGACUCUGGUCAAGGAGCUCAUGUCCACCAGGGGGGAGAAGUGCCAGGCCCAAGUGAGGCCCAAAGUGGAGCAGCUCAACCACAGAUUUGACACCAUCGCACAACGCAUCACCAGCGGAAUGACGGCAGCGUCGGCUAAGGAGCUGGAGCAGUACCACAGUGAAGCUCAGAUCUGGCUGGAGCUCCUGGAGGAGGAAGUGAAGCAGGGGGAAAACCUGAAGGAGGAGGACUUCCAGGAGGACAAGGACUGUGAGGAAGGUGCAGUGAAGGAGUUGCUGUUGAAAGGAGAGAAUCUACAGAAGAGGGCCCCGGAUCAGGACAAGAGGGAGCAGAUCAGGCUGAAGCAGAACCAGCUCAACAGCAAGUACAACACCGUCAAGGACCUGCGUUUGCAGAGGAACAGGAAGGCGUUGGCCAUCGCUCCCCAGUGGUACCAGUACAGGAGGAAGUCACAUGACCUGCUGGCCUGGCUGGACGACAUUCAACGCAGCGUGGACCAACUGCCCGACCCCCCCGAGGGAGAGAGGGUCAAGGAAAUUGGCUCAGAGUUCGACAAGAAGAAGGAGGAGCUUAACGAGGUGCAGGGCUUAGCCAAUCAGCUGUCAGAAGCUGGAGCCGCCAAUCUAGUGGAGCCCCGCCAACUCCAGCUCAACACGCGCUGGGUUGAGGUGGAGGGCAAGUUCUUACCCUUCAAAAGACAAUGUGAGUACCUGAUCGAGCUGCAGGCGUUGCUGCGCUCAGUGUCGGAGACGGACUUCAAGCUGAACUCUCCGGAGUACUGGCCAGCAGCGUAUUAUAACCUGCCGCAGCAGGACCUCUGUCUGAAGGAGGUGAAGGCGAGCAUUGAAGAGCUGCGGGGCCCAGUGGAGGGAGCGUUGGCCCGCAGAGAGGAGAUGGUGUCGGGGGCCCGGCACCUGGAGGUUCAGAGGAUCCAGGAGACCUCCUCCCUUCUCAACACUAACUGGGACAAACUGAACAAGCUCCACCAGGACAGACUCAAGCGUUGGCAGGAUUGCAACAUCAAGUGGCAGAAGUUUGUGUCGGAUCAGAAGGCGAUGGAGGAGUGGCUGAACGACGCUGAGAGCUCUUUGAGACUGGCCGAGAGCGAGCCAGCAGCACACAAGCUGCACCUCAGGGACCUGACGGAGGCCAUCCCUCUGCAGGAGGUGGUGCUGGGCAGGGUGAUCUCUGCGGGAGAGGACAUCAGCCAGUUGAGCACACCGGACGAUUCCUCUCGGCUCCGGACGCAGCUCAAAUCAGUCAACACUCGCUGGGCCAACGUCUGCCUGGAGCUCAACGAGCGCAAGAGGAGGUCUGCAGAGGCCCGCUCGGCGACGGCGGAGCUGCAGGAGAACAUGGGCUCCAUGCUGGGCUGGCUGGAUAAAGCGGAGGGGGUCCUGGCCAUCCCGCUACAGCCCGCCGAGCCUCAGCACAUCAGAGACACUCUGGGGAAAGUCCAGGCACGCGUAGAGGAGCUUCCUGCCAGGAGUGCGCUGAUGGAGGAUCUGAACAUGAAGCAGAGGCAGAUAACACUUCCUGCUGACAGACAGAACGACGUCAGGGUCAUCAUCAGUCGCUGGGCUCAGGUGUCUAAGGCUCUGCCAGAGCGUCAGCUGGAGAUCGAGGCUCUGCUGAGGGAGCUGGAGCAGCUCCAGGGUCAGCUGGACGGCCUGUCAGCCUGGGCCUCCAUCACCAGAGCCAAGCUGGAGCAAAGCCCUGAUGAGCCCCGGCUCGUUGAGGAAGUGCAGGUGAAGCAGCCAGAGGUGGAGGCAGUUCUGGAGCGAGCCGAUCAACUGUUCAAGGAGAAUCCUCCCAACCAACAAGACAAGGUGAGGUAUGUGAAGCUCAGGGAAGACUGGACUGUGAUCCUGGAGCUGGUGCGGCAACAUAAGGAGAGGAUGGCCGCUCUGCUAAUAGCCAAAAAAGCCACUGAAACUCUGACAGGAAGUUCCCAGGCUGAAUCUGAAGCUUUGGCUCAGUUCAACAAGUCCUGGGCCGAGCUCACCGAUUGGCUGACAAUGCUGGACAACAUGGUGCAGAACAAGCAGGUGGUGGUGGCCGACCUGGAGGACAUCAACGAGAACAUCAGCAGCCUCAAGUUGUCCCUGCAAGAGAUGGACCAGCGUCGCCCACUUCUGGAGAGACAGGUCACAGCAGCUCAGAACCUGAAGAACAAAACCAGCAACCAGGACACCCGCAACGCUAUCACUGAACGCAUGGACAGGCUUCAGGCUCACUGGGAAGACUCCCAGACCAAACUCUCGGACAGGACGAAGCAGCUCCACAACAUGCUGCAGGACUCCACCGAUUGGCUGGAUGCCAAAAAGGAAGCUGACCAUUUCAUCAAGCUGGCCAGUGAGAGGCUGGAGUCCUGGCAGGAGAUCACGUACACGGUGGAGGCGCUGAAGAGACAAAACUCUGAACUGAAGUCCUUUGUGAGGGAGCUGCAGCAGUGGCAGGGGCAGGUGGAGGAAACCAACGCUCUGGCUGACAAACUGCUCACGCUGUACGCCAACGAUGACACGCACAAGGUCACCCAGGUUAACGACAACAUGAUGGCCACCUGGACACACAUCACCAAGCGUCUCUCGGACAGAGAGGUGGCUGUAGAGGAAGCUCUGAAGCUGCUGCAGCAGUUCUACCUCAACCUGGAGAAGUUCCUCAACUGGCUGACGGAGGCGGAGACCACCUGCAACGUGCUGAUCGACGCCACCAACAAGGAGAGGAUGCAGGAGCAGCCGGACGCAGCCCGCAACCUGCUGGCUCAGUGGAAGGAGCUGGAGGCAGAGAUUGACGGCCACACAGAGAUGUACCACUCCCUGGAUGAGAACGGCCAGAGGAUCGUGAGCUCGCUGCGGGACUCGGGGGACGGGGCCCUGCUCCAGAGACGCCUGGACAACAUGACGCAGCGCUGGAACGACCUGCGCAACAAGACCCUCAGCAUGAGGGCCCAUCUGGACUCGGAGAUGGCCCCGUGGAAGAGGCUCCACAUGUCGCUCCAGGAGCUGCUGAACUGGCUGAGGCUGAAAAGUCAACAGCUGGAGAAGGAGCCGCCUGUAGGGGGAGACGUGCCCACCGUGCAGACACAGCUGGACACUAACCGGGGUUUAAGGAGGGAACUGAGAGCCAAAGAGCCAGUUGUGACCAAAGCUCUGGACGAUGUGGGGGUCUUCCUGUCUGAGCUGCCCCGAGAAACACCCUCACCUGAGCAGAGAGACAUCAGCCCGGAGGAGCGUGCUCAGAACGUGGGGCGAAUCCUCCGCAAAGAGGCAGACGACGUGGUGACCAAGUGGGACCGGCUGAACAUCGACUGGGCCGACUGGCAGAGGAGGCUGGAGCUGGCCCUGGAGCGGCUGAUGGACCUCCAGGAGGCCGAGGACCUGCUGGACGGACAGCUCAGGCAGGCCGAGAUGGUGAGGGAGGCGUGGGAACCUGUGGGCGACCUGCUGAUCGACUCCCUGCCGGAGCACAUCGAGAGAGUCAAGGAGUUCCAGGAAGAGAUCGCUCCCAUCAAGGAUGACGUCGUACACAUGAACCAGUUGGCGUCCACUUUCGGUCCACACGACAUCCAGCUGUCGCCUAGCAACCUGGAACGCAUCGAAGAUCUGAAUACGCGCUGGAAGCUGCUCCAGAUGUCCAUCAGUGAACAUCUGAAGCAGCUGACAGACGCUCACAGGGACUUUGGCCUUCUGCACGGAUCUGUGGAGAGCCCCUUCGAGCAGGGCAUCUCCCCGAACAACGUACCCUACUACAUCAACCACCAGACCCAAACAACAUGCUGGGAUCAUCCCAAAAUGGCCGAGCUCUACCAGUCUCUGGCCGACCUGAACAAUGUUCGAUUCUCGGCCUACCGGACAGCCAUGAAGCUCAGACGCCUGCAGAAGGCUCUCUGCUUGGAUCUGCUGAGCAUGCAGAUGGCGUGCGAGGUGUUCGAGCAGCACGCUCUGAAGCAGAACGAGCAGCUGCUGGACAUCGCGCAGCUGGUCACCUGUCUGACCAGCCUGUACCAGCGGCUGGAGCAGAGCCACUCUCACCUGGUCAACGUCCCGCUGUGUGUGGACAUGUGCCUCAACUGGCUGCUCAACGUCUACGACACUGGUCGCACCGGAAAGAUCCGAACCCUAUCGUUCAAGACUGGAAUCAUCUCACUCUGCAAGGCUCACCUGGAGGAUAAAUACAGAUUCUUGUUCAGACAGGUUGCCAGUGCGACAGGUUUCUGUGACCAGCGGCGCCUGGGCCUCCUCCUCCACGACUCCAUCCAGAUCCCCCGGCAGCUCGGAGAGGUCGCCUCCUUCGGCGGCUCCAACAUCGAGCCCUCCGUCCGCAGCUGCUUCCAGUUUGCCAACAACAAACCGGAGCUGGAAGCGGCCAUGUUCCUGGACUGGAUGCGCCUGGAGCCUCAGUCCAUGGUGUGGUUACCCGUCCUGCACCGCGUGGCCGCUGCAGAGACCGCCAAGCACCAGGCCAAGUGUAACAUCUGCAAGGAGUGUCCCAUCAUCGGGUUCAGAUAUCGGAGUCUGAAGCAUUUCAACUAUGACAUUUGCCAAAGCUGCUUCUUCUCCGGUCGCGUCGCCAAGGGACAUAAGAUGCAGUACCCCAUGGUCGAGUACUGCACUCCGACUACGUCAGGAGAGGAUGUCAGGGAUUUUGCCAAGGUGCUGAAGAACAAGUUCAGGACCAAGCGCUACUUCGCCAAACACCCCCGCAUGGGCUACCUGCCCGUGCAGACCAUCCUGGAGGGGGACAACAUGGAAACUCCUGUUACCCUGAUCAACUUCUGGCCUGUAGACCAUGCGCCUGGAUCGUCCCCUCAGCUCUCUCACGACGACACACACACUCGGAUCGAGCACUACGCCAACCGGUUAGCAGAAAUGGAGAAUCGUAAUGGCUCUUAUCUGAAUGACAGUAUCUCACCCAAUGAGAGCAUCGAUGAUGAGCACAUGUUGAUCCAGCACUACUGCCAAUCCCUGAACCAAGGCUCUCCCCUCAGCCAGCCCCGCAGCCCCGCCCAGAUCCUCAUCUCCAUGGAGACGGAGGAGAAGGGGGAGCUGGAGAGGGUCCUCAACGACCUGGAGCAGGAGAACAUGAAGCUGCAGUCGGAGUACGACCGCCUGAAGAAGGCCCACGACAGGAAGGGCCUGUCCCCGCUGCCGUCGCCCCCGGAGAUGAUGCCGGCGUCGCCGCAGAGCGCCCGCGACGCCGAGCUCAUCGCAGAGGCCAAACUGCUGCGUCAGCACAAAGGACGCCUGGAGGCCCGCAUGCAGAUCCCUGGAGGAUCCAACAAACAGCUGGAGUCACAACUACACCCCCUCAGGCAGCUGCUGGAGCAGACGGACUCCAAGGUGAACGGUACCGCCCUCUCUUCCCCCUCCACCUCCUCGCAGCGCUCCGACUCGUCCCUCCCCCUGCUGCGUGUGGCCGCCAGCCAGACUACUGACACCAUGGGUGAUGACGAACUGUCCAGCCCUUCCCAGGAUGCAUCUGGUCUGGAGGAAGUGAUGGAGCAGCUCAACAAUUCGUUUCCUCAUAGCCAUGGUCCAGGUGUCGGCAGUUUGUUCCACAUGGCCGAUGGUGUGGGCCGGGCCAUGGAGUCGCUGGUCAGCCUGAUGACAGACGAGCAGAGCGCCGAACAGCACGAGGCCCUGCCCUUCUGACCCCCCCUUUAUCCCCCCCUCCCUCCCCCCUUCCUUUCCUCCCCUCCUUUCCUACCUAUCGCAUGCUUUUUCUAGUCAAACAACUGGAUUGGAAACACAGUUUACAAAGAGAAUAUAUAAACGUCUAUUUUUGUGAAGGAUCGCGGUUCCAGCAACGUUAAAAAACAAACAAAAGAAUAACAUUAUACCUUGUAGAUUUAAGUAGUUUCUUAAAACGUCCUGAAGUUGUUUUAUUAAUAACAGAGGCUGGUUUUUAAACUUCUAUGCAAUUGUAUAAAAAAAAAAGAGGGGGGGUGGGUGCAAAGAGAGAUACAAAUCAGUGUGUUUAGUGUGGCCAUCUUUUUGUAAUUGGGGAAACGGCUAAAGCAUUUCAGACAUUUGUAUCAAAAAAGAAAAAGAAUGAUUGUAAUCAUAAGGGUGCUUUCUAAGAGGAAAAUGAAUUUCUAUAACAGCGUACACUACUGUCAAGGUAAUGCAGGCAUCCUGGAUCUUUACAGUGCGUUGUCUGUGUGUGAGUGUGUGUGCGUGUGUGUGUGUGGUGGUGCCUAAUUUCCACAUUGCAUUACAGCUUUGACGUUGCUUUGGCUGACAAACCCCAUGUUUGAAUCAUGCAUUCGUCCGUCCGUCGCUCCAUCCAUCAGUGAGUUCGUAAUUCCUAUGAUUUACAAACGUUUUUAUACCUGAAUUAGUUUUUAUCAGUGUAGACAGAUUUUGGAAUUGGCCUGAUUCAGAACUGAGACACGUCACUACAUACCUAAUGCACAUAUUGGGCAAGAAUUAGACAUCAUUUUUAUUUCGAUUUUACUCAGAUUAUUUUUCUCUUAAGCACCAGAUAGUCCUAGAGUGUGGCAUCCCUACGGAAACAAAUAUACAUUUUAUUUAGAUUUUUUUACUAUGCGAUUCAUCUUUAAUUAACAUAUUAUUAAAAUGUCCCUGCAUCAUUUUCAAACUUAAUAUAAAUGGUACUUUACCCCAAAUCUGGGGGGAAAGCUGCAGCUGAAGUCAAUUUUUGAAGCUAAUAUGUGUCCAGCUUUAAACACACUGACUCAUACAUUUCCCAUAAUGCAACUUUUUUUGUAGGGGAAAAGGAAGCUACAUCUUUUAUAUCCAAACUGAUAUUCCUCAUCAGUUCUGAAUCAGGCCUGGACACAGUCCUUCAGAAAGACGUCCUGAUUAUUGCACUGGUACAUCUUUGAUCUCUACGAUGCUCUCCGAGUGUCUCUUUAGGGCCGGUUGAGGACCCGCGGUACUCUUGAGUGUUGGUUUCUAAGCUGACUGGAGCACUGUAAGAAGAAUGUGAUUUUAAAUCUGCAAGGCUGCUAGCUGAGAUUAUUUUAAAGGAAUUCUUCCGUCUGAACACUAACAGAGAAAUAUUUUAGGAAGCCCAGUAAGCUCUACCUCGUCUAAAUUGUCAAAGCCCGGCAUUUUUUCUAAUGCACUCAACACCUUUCAGAUUAUUAUUUAUUAGUUAUUUCUGAUUCACUGUAGAGCCUCCAAUCUGAAUGUUCCGAUGCAUCUCUAUCAGAGCUUUACGACCAGUUACAAAACAUUUCACACAAAUGAAUCAGUGUGCACUACUGUCAGACCUGGGACAUACUAGAUAUGUGUUUUCUGUGUGGAGGAUGCUUUUAUUUUAGUGUCUUUUUGUCCUCGGUUAAAAAGCUAUUUUGUUUUGUGCCGUGUGAGGUGUUCAAUAUUAGCAUGUGUGACUAUAUACAGCUCAUCCUUCUUUAAUGUGUAACCACUCAGAAGUCGCGCGGCUUCAUACACUCGUUUGUUUUUGGCGUCAUAUUCUCGCGGCAUGAUCUAAGAGGCUUUCGUUCUGAUCCAGACACUGAAUUCGAUUUAUUUUUCAUGUCUAACGUUUGUGUUUCAUUCUCGCAUCAUUUUUUAAAUAACACAGUUCAAUACUUCACAACAUAUCAGAUUCCACCAAAUAUAUGCCUUACUACUGUAUUAUAAAAUGCUUUACUGUAUAUCAAUAAAGCACGCAGUUAUGUUGAUUUGA